AUGCAGCUUCAUCCUCGUCACUUUGGGCGCAAUCUCCGUGAAAAUCUCAUGGCCAAGCUCAUGAAAGAUGUUGAAGGCACUUGCAGUGGUCAACAUGGGUUUGUGGUUGCAAUUACUGGCAUAGAAAACAUUGGGAAGGGACUGAUUUGCGAUGGGACAGGACCAUUCAAAGGAGAGAUCUUAGAAGCUGUUGUUACUAUGGUGAACAAGAUGGGAUUUUUUGCUGAGGUUGGUCCUGUUCAAAUCUUUGUUUCAAACCAUUUGAUACCGGAUGAUAUGGAGUUCCAAUCUGGAGAUAUGCCAAAUUAUACAACAUCAGAUGGAUCAGUUAAGAUUCAGAAAGAUAGCGAAGUUCGGUUAAAGAUAAUUGGAACCCGAGUAGAUGCUACAGAAAUUUUCUGCAUUGUUACAAUAAAGGAUGAUUUCUUGGGUGUGAUAAACGAUCCUGCGACUGCUUAG